AUGUUUAAAGAGACUUUCUACCUUUCGGCUAUCCUGGCAGCCAUUGCCAAUGCAGCUCCGGCAGCAGUAGCUCCUUCUAAUCCCCUACGAGGAGGCGAGGGGCUCAUCGGAUACUCACCAAGCAACACCAUAUCCAAUGAGAAUACCGAAAGCAUUUCAUACCAGCUUGCUCCCAGUCAAACACAGGACGCCGACAUUGGGGCAUAUCUUGACUUCUCUACCAUUGAUAACCCACAGCCAAUUCGUGGAUCUCUAGGUGGAACAGAUCCUGGACCUCGUAAUUUGAACUACGAUAGAAUCAACCCAGAUAAAUUGGCUCCUCCGGGAACGGAUUCGGGCGCUACCAUCAACGCACAAUGGCCUCUAGGACUGAGCCACACCAAAUUAGGAAAGAGUGGUGCCGGAUGGUCUCGCCAGGAGAACAUUGAUGUCAUGCCCGCAGCUACCCUGAUGGCCGGUGUAGAUAUGCGACUUGAAGCUGGUGGAUAUCGAGAACUGCAUUGGCAUGUGGCUAGCGAGUGGUCAAUUGUCUUGAAUGGAUCGUGCCGAAUUCAGGCUGUCAAUGAGGAUGGACAGACGUUCAUUGACGAUGUUGGAAAAGGCGAUGUUUGGUUCUUUCCAGCUGGAAUUCCGCAUAGCAUCCAGGCAUUGGACGACGGUGUUGAGUUCAUGCUUGUCUUUGAUGAUGGGGAUUUCUCCGAAGAUAACACGUUUCUUGCGUCGGAAAUAUUUGCCCACAAUCCAAAAGAAGUUCUGUCCAAAGACCUCGGCGUGCCAGUCUCGGCCUUCCAAGACCUUCCUGAACCGAAUCUCUUCAUCUUUCCCGGAACACCAGCCCCGAAGGAUAUCGAGGAGCAAAAUGUAACUGGUUCUGCAGGUAGCGUCCCAAAAGCUGAAAGCUACUCUUACCACUUCUCUGAACAACCCGCCGAAGAGCUCGAAGGCGGAAGUGUCAAAAUUAUCGACCCGUUGUCGUUCCCUAUUGCCAAGGACUUUUCUGCAGCUCUGGUCACUGUCAAGCCAGGCGGGCUACGUGAGAUUCACUGGCAUCCAACCAGUGAUGAGUGGACAUUUUUCAUCCAAGGUCAAGGGCGUGCGACAGUUUUUACUCCACCUAGUGAUGCCACCACUUUUGACUUUAUGGGCGGUGAUGUGGGAUACUUUCCACAGUCUAACAGCCAUUAUAUUGAGAACACUGGAAGCGAAGAUCUUAUUUUCCUCGAAGUUCUUCAGGCGGAUCACUUUUCUGAUGUCUCCCUUGCCCAGUGGGUUGGCUCAACUUCGAAGCAAAUCAUUCAGGAUACGCUGAAUCUAUCAAACGAAACUUUGAGCAAGCUGUCAACCGAGAAGAAGACGGUGGUUUUGUAG